AUGGACAACCAAAAAUCGACAAUAGCCAUUGCGAGUAGACCAGCAGCGGUAGCCACCAACACCAAUAGUACUGCUAUGCUGCCCUCACCUAUUCGUCAACUUCUGCAAAAUUUUCUUUUGAUCUGGCUUGAUGCCGAUUUUGAUGAGUCCAAAGACUAUUAUAAAAAAUCAAUACAACAUCUACAACAUAUUGUAGCAACAAUCACAACAUUUACAGACGUUGACCAAUGUAUUGAUUUCCUCAAUGACAUUGAAAAUGAAAAAGUAUUCAUGAUUGUGUCUGAUGCACUGGGACAACAUAUAAUACCAGAAGUUCAAUUAUGCCCACAAUUAGACUCCGUUUAUGUUUCCAGUGACAAUCAAUCGAUCCAUGAACAUUGGGUCAAAAUAAUACCCAAGGUAAAAGGUAUAUACACACAAAUCGAAGCAAUUUGUAAAGCAUUACAAAUCGAUCGUGAAAAUUGUGAUCGAGCUAUGAUCUCGAUCAGUUUUAAUGGCAUUGAUCCGUUGUUUAUGUAUACGCAGUUAUUAAAAGAAACACUCAUGGAAAUUGAAGACGACGACACAAAAUCUAUUAAAGAACUUGCUGACUACUGUCGUCUUCAAGGUGAUAUUACUGGAAGUCAUAUUGAUAUGGUCGAACAACAAUAUGGUCAUCAUACACACAUUUGGUGGUACGCGGCUCCAUAUUUUAUGUACUCGAUGUUUAAUCGCGGUCUCCGAGUAAUGGAUGUCGAUAUUAUACUCAAAAUGGUUUUUUUUAUUCGGCACUUACAUUGGCAUAUUGAAAACUUACACCGUGAACAACAAUCCACCAACACGACAACGAAUACUCCUUUUCAAGUUUUUCGAGGUCAAAGUUUAUCUAUUGAAAACUUUGAAAAAAUGAAAA